UCCCAAAUCCCCACAUCACUCAUCAUCUUCAUUAGUUCAUUCUCUUGAACACAGUCCUCCCCCUUCGUAUCAAUUUUCAUUAGACUUGAUAAGAGAGAGAUGGCCGGUGAGUCAGUGAUAAGGUUGACAGUGGCUUCUACUGCCCCUUCACUCUUCAACUUCAAUGGCUCAAGGAAGGCGACACCAAUCUCCCAUGGCGUGGUCUCCGGCCAUCGGCGACGCCGCGGCAACACGGUUCAGUUGCUCUCCUCUACUCCAUUCUCGGAAUUUUUCGGAAACAUUGAAAUUAGGUCUGCCCCUGCUUCGAAGUCACCGGCGUUAUACCAGAAACGAAGCCAUAAGAACAGUUUCUCCGUCUUUGCCAUGGCAGCCGAUGAUGGAAAGAGAACAGUCCCAUUAAAGGACUACCGCAACAUAGGAAUCAUGGCUCAUAUUGAUGCGGGGAAGACAACGACAACCGAGCGGAUCCUGUACUACACUGGCAGAAACUACAAAAUCGGUGAAGUCCAUGAGGGGACGGCCACAAUGGACUGGAUGGAACAGGAGCAGGAACGCGGCAUCACCAUCACCUCUGCCGCAACCACAACAUACUGGGACCAGCACCGGAUCAACAUCAUCGACACCCCAGGCCAUGUUGACUUUACCCUCGAGGUUGAAAGAGCCCUAAGAGUUCUUGACGGGGCUAUAUGCCUGUUUGAUAGUGUUGCUGGAGUGGAACCUCAGUCAGAGACCGUCUGGAGACAAGCCGACAAAUACAGGGUCCCGCGGAUAUGUUUUGUCAACAAGAUGGACCGCCUCGGGGCAAAUUUCUACCGGACCCGAGAUAUGAUCAUCACCAACUUGGGUGCUAAACCGCUCGUGAUUCAAAUCCCGAUUGGUUCUGAGGAUAACUUUGUAGGAGUUGUUGAUCUUGUGAAGAUGAAAGGAGUAGUUUGGUCAGGGGAAGAAUUGGGCGCCAAGUUUGUGUAUAAGGACAUUCCUUCUGAGCUUCAAGACCGAGCUCAGGAAUUCCGAGCCAACAUUAUCGAGACCAUAGUUGAGUUGGACGACGACGUAAUGGAGAAGUAUCUAGAAGGGACAGAACCUGAUGAGGAAACCAUUAAAAAGUUGAUAAGGAAGGGAACCAUCUCUGGCAGUUUUGUUCCGGUCUUAUGUGGAUCCGCUUUCAAGAAUAAAGGGGUUCAACCGCUUUUGGACGCUGUCGUUGACUAUUUACCUUCUCCCAUUGACUUGCCCCCGAUGAAAGGCAGCGACCCUGAAAACCUAGAAAUAACAAUUGAAAAACCAGCCAGCGACAAUGAGCCAUUCACUGGUCUGGCUUUCAAGAUCAUGAGCGAUCCUUAUGUGGGGUCGCUCACCUUCGUGAGAGUGUACUCAGGAAAACUCGUUGCAGGAUCUUACGUACUGAAUGCAAACAAAGGAAAGAGAGAGAGGAUUGGGAGACUUCUGGAGAUGCAUGCAAACAGCAGAGAGGACGUCAAAUCCGCAUUAACUGGUGACAUAAUUGCCCUAGCUGGACUUAAAGACACUGUCACCGGAGAAACGUUGUGUGACCCUGAUAAUCCAGUGGUUCUUGAACGGAUGGAUUUUCCCGAUCCAGUUAUCAAAGUUGCUAUUGAACCCAAGACGAAAGCUGAUAUUGAUAAGAUGGCAGCUGGUUUGGUUAAGCUCGCUCAGGAAGACCCUUCUUUUCAUUUUUCUCGUGAUGAGGAGAUUAAUCAGACAGUAAUUGAAGGAAUGGGAGAAUUGCAUCUCGAGAUUAUUGUUGAUCGACUCAAGCGGGAAUUUAAGGUGGAAGCCAACGUUGGGGCCCCACAAGUGAACUAUCGUGAGAGUAUUUCCAAGGUGUCACAAGUGAAAUACGUUCACAAGAAGCAGUCGGGGGGACAAGGGCAGUUUGCGGACAUAACAGUGAGGUUCGAACCUAUGGACGCUGGGGGUGGAUACGAAUUCAAGAACGAAAUAAAAGGUGGGGCCGUGCCAAGAGAGUACAUCCCAGGCGUGAUGAAGGGUCUAGAAGAGUGUUUGGGAAACGGGGUACUGGCUGGGUACCCUGUGGUGGAUGUUCGGGCAGUUUUGGUUGAUGGGUCGUACCAUGAUGUAGACUCGAGUGUGCUGGCAUUUCAGUUGGCGGCUAGGGGGGCAUUCAGGGAAGGGAUGAGGAAAGCGGGACCGAAAUUGCUGGAACCCAUAAUGAGGGUUGAGGUGGUGACACCGGAGGAGCAUCUAGGUGACGUCAUAGGUGACCUAAACUCAAGGAGAGGUCAGAUCAACAACUUUGGUGAAAAACCAGGUGGCCUCAAGGUAGUGGACGCGCUGGUUCCGUUGGCAGAGAUGUUCCAAUAUGUGAGCAGCUUGAGAGGGAUGACCAAAGGGAGAGCGUCCUACACCAUGCAGCUUCACAAGUUUGAUCUUGUCCCCCAACACAUUCAAAACCAGCUUGCCUCCUCUAACCCCCAACCUGUUCCUGCUUAAGAUUAAAUGUCAUCCACUUCUUUUUUAUACUUUUUUUUUAAAGAUCCCAAUCAACUUUUCUAAUUGUGCCCUCAAAUUUUACAAUUGUUCAUAAUUACUCUUUUGAAACUAAACACUCGAGGGGUGUACCAUAAAAAGGGAGAAUUACACAUUACACAAAUAAGAGUGAAAGUAAUCCCAAA